AUGCCACUUUUCACUGUAAAUUCACAUACUCCCUCUUCAACCGCUUCCCUUACUGAGAAAGACAGACUCAACGCACUUCACGCGUUACAUAUGGCUGCUCUUGAACCACAUCAUUCGAAUGUGAUUGACAGUCAUCUCCAUAGCAUACACGCCAUACAUCGGAGAAGUUCGAUCCUAGACGUUGGCACAGGAACGGGCAUGUGGGCCAUCCAAAUGGCUAAUGUCCAUCCCUUCGCCGAUGUCUUGGCGGUAGAUGUCGACUGGAGCUUAUGGAGCAACAAUCAUGCCAGAAACGGAAAUGUCGAUUUUGCCGCCAUCGACGUUACAGAACCACUUCCUUGGCCAAGAGGAAUAUUCGAUGUGAUUCACGUAAAAGGGUUUUUACUUGAAGUACCGAAUUAUUCUCGAUUAAUCGAAAAAUUGGCAGUGGCUCUUCGUCCAGGAGGAUUGAUGAUCAUAGUCGAAGCUGAACCAGGAUAUAUAUCCGCGAAUUAUGAAUUUUUACCGGAAUGUCUGAGGAAAUGGAACGCAUGUGUACAAUCUGCAUAUGCCAACCAAAACAUCGACGUUCAUUUCCCAAGUAAGAUAGCUUCUUCAAUAGCUGCGUCGGGCGUCUUUCGACCCACUGCAAAUCAUCAAAAUUAUAGAUUACCGGUGGAAUCGUAUGCAAGAGGUGACAUAUUCACACUAGCUAAAGCAGGUCAAAUACAUCCUCAGGUUCUAACAGCAGAGAUGAGGAAGAUGCUGAUCAGAUUAUUGGAGUAUGGGUACGACCAACACGAGUUAGAAAGUUUGCUACAGGAUUGCAUACUCGAAAUGUUAAAUCCAAAUUCCAAUUAUACUCAAAAUCUAUUCGCUGUUUACGCUACCAAGAAUUACUAA